AUGAAUUCGAUAUCGAUGUCGUAUUCAUUACUCGUGAUGACUUACGAUCGGAUCUAUGCCCUUCGCGAUCCGUACGGCAAUCGACCACUUUGUGUUGGAUCAACUCGAAAACCGUUUGCGUUUGUUGCUGCAUCAGAGACGUGUGCGAUUCAGUCGAUUGCUGAAGUGAAGUGUGAGGUGAAGGCUGGUGAAAUCGUCGAAAUCUCUCGUCAUGGUAUUCGGUCGAUUUUCCAGAUGCACUCAGCAAAGCCAUCAUUUUGUAUCUUCGAAUAUGUUUAUUUCGCACGUGCUGAUUCCAUUAUAGGAGGUCGGCAAGUUCAGUCGGUUCGCGAAGAAUGCGGUCGUAUCUUGGCCGAUGAAUCGUACAUCGAAGCCGAUGUGGUUAGCACCGUACCAGACUCAGCAUCAGCCGCCUCAAUUGGUUUCGCAAAACAGAGCGGUAUACGAUAUGAACAAGUUUUGCAUCGAAAUAGCUACGUGGGUCGUUCGUUCAUUCAGCCGAGUACCGAGUUAAGACAAAAAGUGGUUUUGAAGAAAUUCGGUGUUAUCAGCGAGAAUGUGAUCGGUAAAAGGAUUAUAUUGGUCGAUGACUCGAUCGUUCGAGGAAAUACGAUGGCAAAAAUUGUUCGCAUGCUCAAAGCAUACGGUGCAAAAGAGUACCAAACGAAGAUCGCGCAGCAGAGAAAGGGCGUUCUUCGCCAUUCAGAAAGCUUCUUUCGCCACGAGCAGGCCUUGUUCUGCCUCAGUCUGAGCGAUAUUUUUGCUUCAUUACAAAAAUGUCUUUAA